AUGGGUUUUAGUUUUGAUUGGGAUGAUAUAUUUCAAUAUUCUACAGUAAAGAUUGUAAGAAUUAGAGACAGACGUUUAGGUAUACUUCAUUUAUCGUUUUUGGUUGGUAUUGUAGCAUACAUUGUUGUAUAUUCAGCAAUUAUAAAAAAAGGUUACCUUUUCACUGAAGUUCCAAUUGGUUCUGUUAGAACAAGUUUAAAAGGUCCAAAUACUUUUGCAUCAAAUUUAACAUAUUGCUCAAAUCAACAACAUAAUGGUUCAACAUAUCCAUUUACACCACUUGAAUGUAAUUAUUGGGAUGAACAAUUAGCAUUAUUUCCAGUUGGUCAAGAUAGUACAUUUACAUGUACAACACGUGUUCGUUUAUCAAAACAAGAAGCAAAUUGUAAUUUUACCGAUCCAACUUGUAAAUUUGUUGAUGAACCAGGAUCUGCAAAAAAUAUUUAUAUUGCAGAUAUUGAGAGUUUUACAAUUUUAAUCGAUCAUACAAUGUAUGCAUCUUCAUCAGGUUCUCAAUUUAAUGCAGUCGAUUUACAUGGUUACAUUUUAAAUCAAGAUGGUGAUGAAGUUCAAAUCGAUGCAAAUGGUACCUCAAUUGGUGUAUCAGGUAAACCAGAUAUCAUGACAAUUGGUCAAUUAUUAUCUUUUGGUGGUGUUAGUUUAGAUCAAGCUUCACCAGUUGAUUCAAAUGUUUCAAUUAGAUAUGAUGGUGUUGUAUUAUUUGUUUUCAUUACAUAUUCAAAUACAUAUACAUAUUCAACAUCAGAUUUUAAAUAUGUUUAUUCAGUUCAACAAAUUGCAAAUACAAUUUAUGAUGUACCAGAAACAAUCAUUUUAGAAAGUAUUCAUUCAAGAUUACUUUAUAAACGUCAUGGUAUUCGUGUUAUUUUCAUUCAAACUGGUACAAUUGGUUCUUUCCAUUUCCAAACUUUAUUAUUAACUCUUGUUUCAGGUCUUGGUUUAUUAGCUGUAGCAACAACUGUUGUAGAUCAAUUGGCAAUUAGACUUUUACCACAAAGAAAAUCAUAUAGUUCACUUAAAUUCCAAGUAACUGAAUCAAUGUCAAAUCCAAUGAAAAAGAGAAUAACAACUGAUGAAGGUGAAGAUGUUUUAUAUACAAGAAUUGAAGGUUUAUAA